UGCACCUAAUCACAAGUUGAGAGCACGAGACGAGGAGACCACGUCCUCUUCCACGCACGCCAACCCCAUUAGGACCUCUCGCUAGCUUGCCGGCGAGCGUCGACCAUGGCGGCCACCAACCCACGACCAGGCGCACCAACUCCACCCCCCGCAUGCCUUAACUGAUCGACCGAUCCCUGUCAUCUCCGGACAUCGCCAGCCCGCUGCACGGUUCCGUACCGUCCUCCUUCUUCCACGACGGUGGCGGCCAACCCGAAGCUACGACGAGCACCGCACCGUGAGUCCUGCUGCCGCAAUCGUCGGCGACGAUGAUGGUUAUGGGCUACUUCCGCGCGCCCAGGAUCGGCGGCAGGAGGAAGGAGAGGAAGGGCAAGGCCGGCGCGGCGCCGCAGGCCGAGGAGGCGGGGCUCCGGGAGGCGCUGCUGGAGCCGGCCGGCGGCGACGUGCUCCCCAAGGGGUACUUCGCGGUGUACGUCGGGGAGGAGGCGCGCCGGUUCGUGGUGCCCACGGGGUACCUGCGCGAGCCGGCGUUCCGGGACCUCAUGGAGCGCGCCGCCGACGAGUUCGGCUUCGCGCAGGCGGGCGGCCUGCGCGUGCCCUGCGCCGAGGAGGACUUCGAGGAGCUGCUACGCCGGCUCCACCCCAAGAACGGCUCCGGCAGCGGCAAGGGGAAGAACUAAGGAAGAAGGCCCAUUGCUCCAUUAGCCAGAGCUUGGACGACGCCAUGGCAGCGGCACCGGCGGCCGUGGCCGUGCCGUGCCGCGCCCGCGCGUACGUAGAAUGAUGUGUUUAUUUACUUUUAAAAUUAGCUAGAUCGCUUCGCGUUUGGUUCUUGAUUGUACAGAGUGCAAACGGCCACAUGCAUGAUGCGUUAGCUUAGCUUCGUGCAUGGUGUGUUGAUCGUCAUCGUUGGUUUCAUGGAAGAUUUGAAGUUCAUAUCAUCUCCCUUUCGUUUUUACUGCUGAUUUGGACGAAGACACGGUACGGUCUUCAGUACGGAAGUCGCAAAGUA